UUUAAAAUUAGUAAUUCAAGUGUAAUUGAGCGUUGAAAUUAUGUUAGGAAAAUAUCUCAUUUGGAAAUACCGCCGAAAUUGGCGGCCCUGGAGGAAAUAAGUUGCAUUUUUCUUAUCCUCUUAUCCAAUCGAAAUUCAAAUCAAAAGACUGUCGUUUUUUCUUUUCUUAUUUUAUACUUUUUUAAUGGUAUUUUAGAUCAAUCACACCUUUAAUAAUUUUUUGCAGUAGCUUUCGAGAUCUAAUAAUAAACAUUAAAUCUUAAAACGUGGAUUGAUAAUUUUGGUGUGAAACAAACAUAACCUCACUUUGUCAUUAUAGAAAAAUUCGUGACGUAUGCCAUGUUGACUUGAUUAAUUUCUUAUUUUAUCGGCAUAAUUUUGAAAAAAGAGGCUUCUUCUGAGGGUUAGAAUACGGAAAGUGUGUUAAUAGUGUUGAAAUUAACACUCGAAUAAGCCCAAUCGAACGUUUCACGUGGAAACAGUAACCACCUGCCUGUUGAUUAGAUAAACGUUCCUUUGUAAACUCGCAUGCUUUUAUUAGAUAUUAACCGGACACAACUGGACAAUAGGUUCUUAGUCAGAUGGUCAGCUUUAUCUUAAGAGCAGGCCUGUAGAUAAAGAAUCUCACUCUCUCUCUUUGAUUUGAGGUUAAUCACUUGCAUGAGGACUGCAGCAGCUACUACAGUAUAACUUCAAAGCGCAGCUAUUAAAAGUUUUUAAAAAAUGGCUGAACAGAUUUAUGAAUUUAAUGUGGAAAUGACCUGUGAUGGAUGUGCAAAAGCUGUGGAGAAAGUUCUCAGUAAAAAUGGUAUAAACAAUAUGCAAAUCGACGUCCCCAAUAAAAAAGUUACCGUGACUACAUCACUGCCGGCUGAUCUAGUUUUGGAAUACCUGAAGAAAACUGGAAAAUCCAGUUCUUAUAUAGGGACUAAGUGAGCGAAAUCCAAUAAUGUUUCUAUGUACUUUCGUUGAUAUUGAUUUUUUACUAAAAUAAUCCGAAGCGCAAUGAGUAAAUAUACUCUAAUGAUAAAAUUCCAAAAAAUCAGGUAAAUUAGGGAUGGAAAUCGUUUAAUUUCUUUAAGCAAAUACACUUAUUUACAAC